AUGACCACAUUCACGAUGAUGAUGACGUGCCGUUUGCUGUGCGCCUUGUUGGUGCUUGCCCUGUGCUGCUGCCCGUCCGUGUGCGCGUCAGAGGAUAAGUCUCAAGCCGCCACUUCUUCCCAGACGAACACGACGACCACAACCCCGGCAUCAAUCUUGACACCUGCUCCGAAAGGUGAAGGGUCGGGCGCGGAAAAUGGAAAUGCUGCAGGGAGGGGAGGCGGUAAGACCACUCCGCAUCCGCAAUCAAGUGCCACUCCCAAUAAGGUACAAGAAAAAAGUACGGAAGAAAACUCAGGGACAAAAAGUGUCACGAGAACAUCCACAGAACAAGCAAUUAAGAAUGCCGAUGAUUCUGCCGAGACGACCACGACGACGACUACAACAAAGGCACCAACAACGACGACCACCACCACUACAACACAGGCACCAAGUACUACGACUACAGAGGCGCCAGCUGUGUCAACCACCCGCGCACCGUCACGUCUUCGCGAAAUCGACGGCAGCCUCAGCAGCUCUGCGUGGGUGUGUGCCCCGCUGGUGCUUGCCGCAUCCGCGCUGGCGUACACCGCUGUGGGCUGA